GGUUGCAUUUUCAACGGAUGAUUGAUAACAGUUUGACAGUUGUGGAGAACAGAAUUUUUCCUGCCCGUGUUUAAUUAUUUGCAUUCUUCGUAACAUUCAUCAAAAUUGAUUUCUUUCCAAAUCAAUACUCUUCGUGUAUGACGCCUAUUUCACAUUACUUCGUGCAAUAGUUAGUCAGUGUUAAGCUCUUUUCCUUGUCCCAAAAUUGGUAAAUCGUUCUUGCACGAAGUUGUAACGCGGUCGUGUUGCAGUGCAGUUUAAUUAGUGUACAAUUUGUGUAGAUUUUUCCACAGUCCCAAAAUGUUAAAAUUGGAAAACGAUUUUGUUCUGUAUUGGGAUGGGGUAGGGUACUGACAACAGUUGAGCAUUAGUAAACGAUGAAUACAAUCGGAUGUGCCUGCACGGUACGGUACGGUUGAACGACAGUGGUCAUUGCCGUUUGCUGUUCUUAUCAAAAUAAUACCAAACGAACGGUUCAAGGAAACAUCAAACGCGGUAAACUCCGUUCGAAAUCUCUUGCACGAUGGAUGCAGCGAAUAAACAAUACGCACUACGAGACAGGGCAGAACUCUCCUCAUUCGUUAAUCAACCGUUUAGAAACAAUAGUCGUAUUAAGUUCACCUGCUUUGACUGUUCACCGAAGUACUUCGUAUUUGGGGCCAAUUCUGGAAGCCUUUAUCUGUACGAUCGCAUAACGACUAGCUUUCUAGCUAUCUUUCCUAGUCAAUUGGGCACCAUCGGGAAGGUGUCCAUUUCGCACAAUGAAAAGCAAAUCGCCGUUGGCAACCAAGCGGGCUCAAUUGGUGUCCUGCUAGAGCUGGAACCACCGCACGUUAAGGAGAUCCUUUGUACGGAAUUAGCACCAACCACUGAUGGAGAUGGACAGCCGCUCGAAAUGGCUGAACCUGCGUUCGUUACCAGUUUUUGCUGGACGGAGGAUGAUAAAGAGCUGUACUGUGGAGAUUCGCGGGGUGUUGUAUCGCUCAUACAGUUUUCCUUGUUCAUGGGUCGAAACAUCCUGAACAUUAGUCUGCAUCCAGUGCUGUUGCUCGACAAUCGUAUAGUACAAAUCGAUCGAUACAAGGACCUAUUGUUGGUAUCCACGCUGUCGAAGUGUGUGCUUUGCAACACAGCGAGAGAAGAAUUUAAACAGAUCGGCAACCGACCAAGAGAUGGACAGUACGGGGCAUCCUUUGUUAUUGCACAAGCGAAUAGUAAUGCCGGCUCUACUACACCUUCUCCACCGCUCAUGAUCGUUGACGAAGAGGAUGUUCGAAUAUUUUGCUCACGACCCGGUAGUCGGCUAUGGGAAGCGGAUCUCGAAGGGAACGUAAUUCGCACACAUCAGUUUAAGCAAGCCGCUGCCAGUCGUCGCCGUAGGGAGUUGCAGUGUUUGCAGGAGUCCAAACUGGAUUUGGUUGGAUCGACGGAAAACCCCGAUGGUACGAUGAUGGUUGUACCGUUUCAGGUGCUUUAUUCCAUUCGCCGUCAGUUACUAUUGGUACACGAUCGCUGUCAGCUGCUAAUCAUUGAUCCACUUCAGUCGAGGAUCGUUUUGCGCACCGAUGAAUUCACGGACAUCACACACGUAGCGGUAGUAGAUGAGUGGAUCUAUCUACUCACCGGCGAGAACAGAGUGUUUCAAGUUCGUGUCGAAAUCGAGGGGGAAGAGGAUCCACACUCAUCGUCUGGUCUAGAUGAUCCUUGCUCGUAUAACACGUCACCCUUACAACCGACGCUCGAAUCACGAAAACAAAAGCAGGGUGUGUACAUUUUGGAUAGCAUGUUGAACAACAAUGGGAAGCAACUGAACGGGAAGGAAAGCCCUUUACUACUAUCCACGGAAGCAACCAUUAAGGAAGCGCUCGUGUCCGUUGUUCGGGGCAAGUAUGGGCGUAACAUUAAGCAAAUGUUUAUGGGUUACGAUCAGCAGCAGCAUACACAAAACGGUACACCGGAACGACCAAAAACGCUGAAUCUAACGAAGAUAUACGAACCAAGCCGUUCGAACGUUUUCAUUAAUGGAAACGGGCAUGCACUGCUUGCAGAAUUUGGCAUAGAAGCGGAAGCAGAAGAGGAUUUAGAAUGCGAUGAUAUGAUGGAAGAUUUGGUGCGCACCCGCACCGGCCAGACGCUAGGCACCAUGCCAAACGGAGGUGGGUUAAAGCUGCAGGGGAAAAAGAAGUUUUCCACCUCACUGCUCGAUGGGUACGAAACAUCGGAAGACGAUGCUACGGUGCGAAACUUGUACCUCAUUUUCCGAUCGUCGAUCAUUAGCAAUCUGAACUUCGCUGAUCGAUAUGCGAAAAUUUUUGACGAUUACGACACGGAGUCGAUUGUGCGUUUGUUGCGCAAGUUAGAGAAAUUGAUGGAGGAAAAUGAGGAAACGAAUGCGGGCGUCAAGUGCACGCGAAUAUACUUUAACUAUCUCAAGCCGGAAUUGCUGUGGGAAAUCGAUGCCGAUUCGCGGCAGUUCAUUAAGAGCGGUUUCAUCCUGUGCAAUACGACGGAGCCUAGCGAUCGGGCAUGUCUCAGCAGAUUGGUUCAUUGUACGGACUGUGGAUAUUAUCUGGAGGCGACAGCUACGUGCCAUUACCAGGAAAUUGGAACCAGCCUGAUGCAGUACUACUGGUCGCGCAAGGAGUACGACGAGUGUUUCGCGAUGGUAAAGCAGGUUCCUUACUUGUGGCGCACAAUCACACGUUACUACAUUCAAGAUCGGCGAGAAGAUAAGGUGGUAUCAUGCGUUUGGAACUUGGCCGAUCGUGAGCUAUUCGAACGCGCAGCCGAUGAGCUUCCGUUCCAGGUGGACCACUGGAGGAAGCUGUUUGAGUUAGUAAUAGCGUAUCAUCAACGACGUGAGAUGAUUUGCUUGAGCUGUGAUAAACUGUGCGCUCGGCCCAGUGAGAAGAAAAUCCACGAUAGCGACAAUACAAUGCUGGAUGGCGAAAAAAAUGAUGCAAGGGAAAAAACCGAAUCUCUGUUUCGCCAGUGGAACUAUCUGUUAGGUGUCGCACAAUCACACUUUAAGUCACCGCUCGAACUAUUAAAUCUGGUGCGCCAUUAUGCAGACAACAUUCCUCGGGGAGCCAUUGCCUCCAGCUUCUACAUUCGCUGUUUGCUGCUUGAAGCAAAUUAAGAUAACGAUUUAUUAGCGUUAACCCAAUAGAAGGAAGCAUCCCUGCCUUGUUUGGCGACACAGUUGCCGCUAGCUCACCUUUGGCUCACGCUUGGACAAAAUUGAAAGAUGUUCCCUGUGUACACGUAACGCUGGCGUUAUUCGUACUUAUGUAUUGCUUGCCAUUGCCACCCGCCGAAUAGUUGCUUUCUGCCGACGUUUGUCUAGUUUAUUCGGCUUAGCGACAGGUGAAAACCUAUGGGAUAUGUGUAAGCUUCAACGCGCAGCACCACUAGCCAUUAUGUAGGAACGAAAUGCAACUAUAACAAAAUAAUAAUGCCAAAUAUUUUAUUGGACAAAAAAACAGAAAGCGCUGAAUAAACUGUGGGAAAUAAAACGUAUUUUUUAUGGAAACAA